AGUGCGGGUAGCGCGCGAGUAGGAAGUGGUGAUUCCUCGACUGGAGAUGGCCGCGCUUGCUCAGCUGCCCCCACUCCCCCCCCAGUUUAAGAGCAUACAGCAUCAUCUGAGGACGGCUCAGGAGCAUGACAAGAGGGACCCUGUGGUGGCUUAUUACUGUCGUUUAUAUGCAAUGCAAACUGGAAUGAAGAUUGAUAGUAAAACUCCAGAAUGUCGUAAAUUUUUAUCAAAGCUAAUGGAUCAGUUAGAAGCUCUUAAGAAACAGUUGGGUGAUAAUGAAGCUAUUACUCAAGAAAUAGUUGGUUCUGCCCACUUGGAAAAUUAUGCUUUGAAAAUGUUUUUGUACGCAGAUAAUGAAGAUCGUGCUGGACGAUUUCACAAAAACAUGAUCAAGUCUUUUUAUACUGCAAGUCUUUUAAUAGAUGUCAUAACAGUGUUUGGAGAACUCACUGAUGAAAAUGUGAAACACAGAAAGUAUGCAAGGUGGAAGGCAACAUAUAUUCAUAACUGUUUAAAGAAUGGAGAGACCCCUCAAGCAGGGCCUGUUGGAAUUGAAGAAGAUAAUGAUGUCGAAGACACGGAAGACGCUGGAGCAGCGCCCCUGCCCACGCCGCCGCCCCCGGCGUCGUCCUCCGCCUCCGACCCCGGCAGCUUCUCGGGGGUCCAGAUCCCGCCCGGGGCGCACGCGCCCGCCAACACGCCCGCCGAAGUGCCGCCCAGCGCAGGUGUAACAAGUAAUACUAUCCAGCCUACUCCACAGACGAUUCCGGCUAUUGAUUCCACACUUUUCAAUACAGUGUCCCAGGCGGAUGUCCGUCUAACACCGGAGGACUUUGCCAGGGCUCAGAAAUACUGCAAGUACGCGGGCAGCGCCCUGCAGUACGAAGACGUCAGCACAGCCGUGCAGAAUCUGCAGAAGGCCCUCAAGUUGCUAACUACAGGCAGAGAAUGAAGCCUUUGUGCCGCACGUCGGUGCAUUUUUGGCUUAAAGAACUAACAGUCCAUUACUCUCUCUUCAGCCUAUCAGGAGCACAGCUUUAAGGAAGACUCCAGUUGCAAUGACUGUAACAAUGAAAUCUGUGUCCGUGUAUCAGAUUCCCGCGGAAGCAUUCAGCAGCAGCCUCAGCCAGUCCUCACUGUCCAUUUAGUGGACCCAGUAAUCUCCGGGUAUAUCGGGCUGAUGUUAGCAAGAUCCUGAAAACGCCCAUUGAACCCUGCUUCAGAGAAUGAAGUCACAUUUCUGUAAAAUGUAUGGGGAUUCACAUUGUAUCUUGAUAUACGUAACUUAGAGAUUUUUAACAAUGUUAUGAUUUGGACACACGGGCUAUAUUACUUUGCAAUAAAAUACUAAAUUUAACUUUCAAUAGAAAUUCCCAGAAUAUUCUAGAUUAGAGAUCAUGUGUCCUCCUCCCCCCUCUGCCCCCAGAUUUAUAAAACAGAUAUGGACAUCCUAAACUGUUAGGUGAAUUUGAAAGGGAUUGUGUUCAAAAUUAAAUUUAUGUUCACAUUUAAAAGAACUACAUUAACAGUAAAAGUUGUUAUGGAAGAAAACAAGGUAAAGAGAUAGAAUCACUUUUGGACGUAAGAAUAAUGUUGGUUUCCCAGCAGCUUUCCCUUCUCCAUUGAAGCUUCAAGUGGAUCGGUAUUUAUUCAUAGGCAGCUUGACUGCAUGUGUUAGGGAAUGAGAAGGAGACAUUUGUAGUAAUGCCUGGAAACUUGGUGCUUUAAGUUAAGGUUCUCCUCUGCUGCUAUGGAAUGGAUUCCAUAAAGCGUAGAGCUCUGAGUGCUGCAGAAGACUAAAUAUUGGGGAAUUAUGGACUUCCUGUGUGUUGCCUACAUUUGUGCUGUGUAAAAAAUAAAUACAAGGAUUCUUUUAACUUGUUCAGCUUAUUACAGAGCCAAAUGUCUGUUUUAGUUUGCAUGCUAGAGUUGUCAUUUUAAGUCCGUAUUUUUAGUAACAGGGAUAUGGAUGUUUCUAUAGUAAAGGCGAACAAUUUUUAAAAAGAGGGAGGUAAAUUUGCCAAAUUCACCUGAAAUUUAUCUCGUCCAUUUUAUUCAUCCCACUGAGAUUGGAGUCAUUUAAUGUAGGGGUCCACAAACUAUGUAUGGUCAAUGGGCAGACCACCUGAUGUGUAAAUAAAGUUUUAUUGAACUAAAACGUUACCGAUA